AUGGCUGCCGGUUCUGCGGUGGUGCUCGCGCGGGCGCUGGAGGCGCUGGAUGUUAGUGGUGCAGCAGAUAAGAUUAAUUUAAUACCUCAAGACUUUUUUGCAGAACUGUGUGAACAAAUAAUUCAACAUCUGAACCAUAAGAUCCCAGGUGUAAAUACAGCUGAACUGUGUCAGAGAAUUCAAACAUCUGGGAUUGAGAUUAAUGUUGGUGACCUAGCAAAAAUAGCUAACAUUGUUUCCUUUCUGUUUAGCACAGCAGCCAGAAACAAUCUCUCUACGGAAGAACUUGUCACCACCUUGGGCAAUGCAGUCAGCGCGCUGCCAAAACAUGCAGUUCAAGUUAUUCGUCAUGUAUGGAAUGAGCAGGGCAAAUCCAUUAGUGCGUCAGAAGAUGCAAGAAAUAUGGCCACAGUGGGGCAGUUUGUAGAUAUUAAAUGGAAACUGGGAGUUGCAAUGAGCUCUGACACCUGCCGGUCUCUGAAGUAUCCUUAUGUUACAGUGACGCUAAAAGUGGCAGAUCCUUCAGGACAAAUAACAGACAAAUCUUUUGAAAUGACGAUCCCACAGUUCAAGAACUUCUUCAGACAGUUCAAGGAAAUGGCAGCUGUUCUCGAAACAGUUUGAAGAGAACUCUUUUUUUUACACUGAAAUUUUGGACAGACUUAGAUCAAGUAAACUUUCCGUUCUGCACAGGGAAUGAAGUGCCAUUGUUCAGCGAGGUACGUAUCCUUGUCUUUUCGACAGGUAUUUGUCAGCAUCAUCCUUGCAUUGCAGUGAAGAUUUCUUCGCUUUUGAAUACUUGAAGCCAACUCUGCAGUGUUUGUGAAAAUGUGUUCAGCUUUGUUCAUCCUGGUAGACGAAAGAUCAGGAUGUGUACAGAGAAGCAUCACUGUAGACUGUCUAAUAUCCAAGAGUAAGAAACUACAUGUAAGAAACUACACAUUUAACUCUGGAGUGCGGAAAGACACCUGAAAAUGUUGACUGGGAAGAUACUGAGAGAAGUGUAAAUCCCAUGUUAACACUCUUGUCUGUAAAAUUGAGAUGCACUUGGACUCAACAAUAAUAUUAAGUAUAUGGAGUAUAUGAAGUUACACAUAACAAGCAUACAGUUAUUCUUGAAGAAUAGCAGUGUCAAGUAGUUAGUUGCAGGCAUUUGCAGACCUGGCUUCCAGUCAUCUUUUAAUAACGAGAACGUACUUGCCCUAAGAGCUUGUUUAUUUCAAAUACUUAUUUCCCCACCACCUAGGCUAUAAAAACUGAGUUAAUGCAUUAAGCUUUUCUGGAGACUGAAAAUUUAUUCUCUGAAAUGAAGCCCAGAGGCUAAUUUUAAAUAAAGGUAGAAAGGUGAAUUUAA